UUCUUCUUCUGCACUUCCCUCCCUAUUAUGCGGAGAGAAUAGGAUAACGUUCACAAACUCGACAAUGGCGACGUCGGGACUACUGUCAGGAAACCCCGCGAGCUUGUGCUUCCGCCGAGCGGUGCUCAGUAGAACGGCUCCCCCGAGGGCGAGUGCUGCGUCUUCGUCGUCGACGGAGCUAGGGUUCGUUACUUCCCAGCUGACCGGACUACGGAUUUCAGUCGACCGCUGCGUCUUCCCCCAGCCCUAUCGCGCUACUCCUGCACCUCUGCUGCUGCCUGUGGCCCGACGCAUAUGCCCCUUCACGGGGAAGAAGGCUAACAAGGCAAACAAGGUGUCCUUCUCAAACCACAAGACAAAGAAGUUGCAGUUUGUGAACCUUCAAUACAAGAAGAUCUGGUGGGAAGCCGGAAAGCGGUAUGUAAAGCUCCGCCUAUCGACAAAAGCACUAAAGACCAUCGAGAAGAAUGGACUUGAUGCUGUUGCUAAAAAGGCCGGGAUCGAUUUGCGCAAGGAGUAAUUAGAAUUGAUGUUAAAGCAUGUAAACUAAAUCCAAGCACAGUUUCUUCUUGGAGGCCAACUUCUUUCCUUUUAUUACGUUGUCUACCUCUGUUUUAACUGAAGUUUCUGGUAUAUUAGAAUGAAUAUAUCUUUCCCAUUAUUUUCCC